AUGAACGGAAAUAAGGCGCUGUUGAUAGACUUUGAAAAGUUCCAGGAAUUGGAAAAGAAUCGUCCAUCACCAUACACCGAAUACUUUGAUGAUGAACUCUCGGACUAUUAUAACAGUAUUGACUAUGCAAAAAAUAAGUAUUUAAGAGGUCUGCUGCGAUCGUUGCCUCUAUUUGCAGCCAUGGAACGCGUGUAUACUAGAAGAAAUAUACUCUUUUGUAUUGAUGUUGAAGCUUGGGAACACGAUACCAAGUUGGUGACGGAAUUGGGGGUAUCCAUAUAUGAUCCUCGGGGACAAGGUCUUUCUAUAGCUCCCAAUAUUACGACGUAUCAUAUUAUCAUUGACGAGUUUUCUGGUAAAAGAAACGGUAGGUUUGUACCCAAUCAUCUGGAAUACUUCAAUGGAGGCAUAACAUAUCAAAUGCCUCAAAUGGAAGCGGUUGAGUUUGUUCAAGCAUUGAUUGAUUAUUAUUUUAUGAGUAGAGAACAUUUUGGUUGCUGCUUAGUGGGUCAUGAUGUUAAAGGUGACUCCAAUUGGUUUCGUAGUAUUGGAAUCAAAUUACCUUAUGAGCUUACAAUCAUUGAUACCCAUACAAUCUACUCCUUAAGUCAUGGACGUCAAGGAGGAAGCUUAAAGAAUUUGUUGAAGUUGGUACAAGUGCCCAAUGCCUUCUUGCACAAUGCUGCUAACGAUGCUUAUUAUACUUUAUUGGUAGCCAUGAAAUUGUGUGAUCCUCAUGUUAGAACCAGGUUGCUUUUGGACCAAGGAAGACCUCUAAUACCCAAUAAAACUGUACCUCAGAAUCAUUCCAAAAAGCAUAAACUUCGGAACGCAAAUAAGAGUGAUUUGGUGAAUUAUUCUUCUUGUGAAGAACUUUUAUAUGAUCUUUAUCAAUCACCAAUAUUCGAAGAUAGUGGCGAUGCUGAAUAA